AUGACUGAACGUAACGAGACACUCGAAGCCGAACUCGAAUCUCUAGAAGCCAUUUUUGGGAAUGACUUCGAACGCAUGCCACAAGCCAAGACUGCCUGGAACCAGUAUUCCCCGCCCAGUAUUUGCAUUACGAUACACUAUGAACCGACAAGCGCCUCCGGUGAUUCGCUCGCCUCAACAAACUCAGGCACAUCGAUAGUCCUGCAUGUCGACUUCAGUCGGACCUAUCCAAAGACUUGUCCGACAGCGCUUCAUCUGAAAGAUCCAAAAGGAAUCAAGACGCGUGAUGUUGCGCCACUCGAGCAAGAGCUGCGUGAUCUCUCCAAGACAUUGCAAGGAGCUGAGAUGAUCUUUGAUCUUGUUCUGGCCAUCCAGGACAAACUUCCAAAAAUCGCAACCCUGGUGCCCUCGAGAUCCCUCGACAAAGAGCGCGAGUCCCGGCUUGCACAGCAAAUCAUCGCGAGAGAACACCAAGCGCAGGCUGAAGCUCAACAAAGGCUAGAAGAGGAAGAGAAAAAGGCUGUUGCUAUGCGCCAGAAAAUUUCUUUGGCCAAUAGUGGGCCAACCUCAAAUGCUCAAACGACAUUGAAGCUUGCACACCCAAUCAAGCAACAUAUACUUAACCUCACAACGCGCGCCUCCUUGCAUGGGGUUGCAUUCGAUGCCAUCGAGCUGGGAGUGCCAAUUGAGAUCAAUUCUCUUGUGGGUGUAUACUUGACGCAGCUCACGAGCGGCGAUAAGCUGAUCAUCAAAAAGCUUGGAGUGUUCUCGAACGGCUUAGACCGACAGACCCACAAGGCUGCUGUUUCUAAACUUGAGGCCUACAUACGACAGUCCUUGCUUCAGCACAUGCUCGCCGAUGACAGAGCAGUUGCGAAUAUCGGCUAUCAUGUCGAGCAUACAAGCGAAUUGACCAGCGAUGUAUUCAUCAUCCAGCCUAUGCUUGGUUCUUCUGCAGCGGACAUACUCAAAAUUGUUCAUCCGACCUUGGAGCAGGCGCGUCGAUGGCUCAUUGAUUUGCUUGAUUGUAUUGCCGUCAUCCAUCGACAAGGCCGUGUACACGGUCGCAUCAAAUCAUCUAAAGUCUAUUUCACUGAACAGAAUAAGGAGCACAAAGCAACACUUGUGGAUGUCGGUUACUUGGGUGACGGCGCGAUCCAAGACGGACGUCUAGCUCAAUUAAUUCCCUCACAUCGCGAAUCAAGCCCCUUGAAAGGCAAGAAUGAGGAUUUGGCACGCCUCCUACUGGUUUUCUUCGAGCUUUGUACCGGAGAAAGCGACUAUGCUAGCCACGCUAAUCUUGAAGCAUUUUUGAAUGCACACCGCAGCGGUCUUGCUGAUGGGGCUUUCGAAUUUGUCCAUGAAGCGCUCACUGGACGUUUUUCGCAUCGUCUCACCAGUGCCGAUCUUCUCAACACUCCGUUUAUGCGAGGCUUGGGCUUGACUAAGGAGGAAUCAACACUGAGCAUCUCCAAUCAUCAGGCUACCAUGACACAGCGAGCUCCUGUUCAUCAUUCGCGAUACACGACUGAUUUUGACGAAUUGACUAAACUCGGGCAAGGCGGUUUUGGAGCGGUUUACAAGGCCCGCAACCGUCUGGACGGACGCCUGUAUGCAAUCAAAAAAAUUGCCAACUUUCGCGAAAACAAUCGACUUUUACGUGAAGUGUCUGGGCUCGCAAGACUCAAUCACGCUCACAUCGUGCGUUAUUUCAGCGCCUGGAUCGAGCAAGAAGCUGUUUUGCCUAAAGAAGAACCUCAUGGCUUUUCGGCAUCGGCGAGCUUUUCUGAUUUAUCUGCAGAGCCAGAUGACUUCAUGUCCUCCUCGGGCUUCAUCCAGUUUGCGCCAGACGGUAUAUCUCGUGGCGCCCUGUCAGAUAUCUCCGAGCACACUGCUUCGCUUGCUUUGGAACAUGAAUCCACACCAGAGCCUGCCGCAGCCAGGACACUUUUCAUACAAAUGGAGCUUUGCCCGCAUGCGACAUUGCGAGACAUCAUCGAUCGCGACGAGGUUGGCAUUAAGUACUGGACAUACUUCGGACAAAUUACGCAAGCGAUAUCGUAUCUACACUCGCAAGGCCUCAUCCACAGGGACUUAAAGCCUGCCAAUAUAUUCAUCUCUUCUGAGGGCAUGCUUAAGCUUGGUGAUUUUGGCUUGGCAACAGAAUCACAGAUCAUCGAAAAUGCUGCCGGCAUAGUUCAGGACGCGUCAGAGCAGACUACCGAGGUCGGUACUUUCUUGUACUGUGCACCAGAGGUCGCCAAACCGAAUGCUAGUUACGAUGGGAAGGUCGAUAUAUACGCUAUGGGUGUCAUACUCGCAGAAAUCGUUUGUCCUUGGACAACUUCCAUGGAACGGGUGCAAUUGCUGAGGAAAUUGCGACGCGAUCCAUCGUGUCCAAUUUUUGAUGUUGAGGACAAGCCCUUGGAAGCACGGCUUAUUUCAAUGAUGCUACAACAUGAUCCAAGAGAACGACCAACGGCUGCAGACCUCUCAGAAAUGCUACCACCUCUUGUACAACGUGAUCAAGUUGCAAAUAUUCUCAAGUUGGUCGACCAAGACCCAACUUGCAGAUCACAAGUCAUUGCUCAAUUGUUUUCACGGCAGCCAGAUCCUGUGGCUGAUCAUCUCUACGCUAAUCGUGAUAGAAGGACUGACUUUAAUGCCCAACUCUGGGGCGCUUGGACCAUCGCUCACUUGACUGCUUUGUUUCGCGCUCAUGGUGCCAUUCCGCGUCCAAGUCCAAUCAUGCUGCCUACACAAGCUAUGUAUGCUUCGAAGCCAAAUGUAGCACGCUUCAUCGAUCCAGAUGGCCGAUUGGUGCAAUUACCAUUCGACUUGUCAAUGCCAUGGGCUCGAGAAUUGGCGCGUAAUUUCUAUGGCUCGCUCAAGACAUUCUCUAUCGGCAAUGUUGCAAGGGUUGAUGCAGUCGGGGCUGCACCGCGGCCUUUGCUAGAGGCUGACUUUGAUAUUGGGAUCUGUGACGACAAUGGGACAUUGGCCUUUGCCGAGGUUUUGCAGAUGGCUCAAGAGAUUGCCAGCAUGGACUGCUUCAAUGAUUUCAAGAAGCGACUUGUCCUGGGCCACUCUACAAUAACAAAUACCCUGUUGGAGCUCGCAGACUUCUCGGGUGAUCAAAGAAAGAGGCUUGCACCAGCCAUUGUGCAACUGGCGAGGAAGGCUGUUCGUAUGUCACACAGCAGCUUGCGCAGAGCCCUGAAUUCCGAGGACUUGCCGGAUACACUUGUGCAAGAAUUGCUCAGGCUUGUUACGACCUGGCAAGUCAAUGCAAACUUCGAAGCUGGUCUUGCAGAAGUGAGACAGUAUUUGCAAGCGUCCAUGACAAUCGCCUGCCAGUCUGCCAUUGUCGAGCUCGAGACUCUAGCGGGAAAGCUGCGUGACCUCGGAUUCGUGAUUGCGUUUGAUGCAUUUGGGGGCAAUGGCACAGACUAUUAUUCAAUCAAUUUCAGACUCGACUAUGGCAAUUCUCCGCAUCUCGAAACUUUGUGCCAGGGAGGAUUCUAUCAUCUCUCUGCUGCCGAAUUUGCUUUGCCCGGUGAGCAGCUCAAGAUCAAGAGCUUAGUGGGUUUCAGUCUUGCUGUCGAUAAAAUUACGCGACUGACCGCUUCCACGGCCCGUUCACGAGCCAUGCAUUGCUUUGCGAUGGUGGCCUUUCCACAAUUGAACAAGAUGCAGGCGCUUCUCGAUCUGCUACGCGAGCUUUGGAAGCUCGGUGUACCCACUGAUUAUGCUCAGAUGACUACACCCAGUACCGAAGAGGCCCACGAGCUGGCAAAGUCAAAGGGAGCCUCUUAUCUCAUCAUGUUCCGAGAGCGCCGCCAUCAAGUUCUGCCAACGGAUGUGCUCAAAGUGCGAAGUGUUUUUGGUAAGGAUCACUUUGAGGUAGCGCUAUCUGACAUUCCAUUCUUCAUGCUCGGACUGCAUCAGACAAGUCGGGAGAUUAUCUCGCCUGGACAAGUAGAAUCAAAGAUAUCGAUCUCCGGAGACGCGAGGGAGCGACUAGACAUACAAUUCAUUACUGACGACGAGCAUCGCAAGAUGAAGCUGCCUCAGCGGCAAUUUAUCGGUAGCAAAGCAACGGAUGCCCUCGACGCCCUCACAAAGCGUCUGCAGGCAGGGGACGCAACAGUGAUUGUGGUUGAUUUUGACCAAGAUCAACUUGUGGCCUUUCAAACGAUGCGGGUCGGCCAGGAUGCAUCAAAUCGAAGAGCGCUGGACAAAUUCGAUGCACAAGGCCGAGUUCAUGCUCUUGGCGCCCUUGCAAAGCUGGAGACGGCAACAAGUGCAGGCGAGCAGUGUGUAUUCAUGUACAGUUUUAGGACAGGCCAGCUUGUCCUGCUUGCAGCAGAGAGAUCAGGUCAUUAUUGA